AUGGAGCCUGAAAAAGUUGCCGAGCCCAAGGUCGACGGGACGGUCGACAUGAUCGAGACCAAAGAAGCACUCAGCCAGAACCGCUUGGCUCCUGCGCAACUCAUGUCCAAAGAGGAAUUUGAGGCUGCGGAGAAGCAGCUAAAGCGGAAGCUUGACAUGAGAUUGCUUGCUUGCGUGUGGUUGAUUUUCGUUCUCAACUACCUGGAUAGAAAUAACAUCGCCGCUGCCAAAGUAGCCGGCAUGGCCGAGACUCUCCACCUCUCCGCAAACCAAUACGCCACGGCCGUUGCAAUUCUUUUUGUUGGCUAUGUCCUCAUGCAGAUCCCAUCCAACGUCUUCCUGGCCAACCUAAGGCCGUCGAUAUAUCUCCCCAGCUGCAUGGCCAUGUGGGGUCUCCUCUCAACCCUGACCGGCGUUGCUCACAACGCGGCCGGCCUCUACGCCCUACGAUUCUUCCUGGGGUUUGUCGAGGCUGCAUUCUAUCCCGGAGCUCUCUUCCUCAUCUCCUCCUGGUACCGACGAUCCGAAAUGGGUUUGCGAAGCGCUGUUCUCUUUUCCGCAACUCAACUGGGCAGCGCCUUCAGCGGGCUCAUCGGAGCCGGCAUCAAGGAGGGCCUCGAAGGUGCCCGCGGACUGGAGUCGUGGAGGUGGCUCUUCCUCAUCGAAGGCUCCAUCACCAUCUUCGUCGCCAUCUGCUCCGCCUUCGUCCUUCCCGACUGGCCCUCAACAACCCGGUGGCUCACCCCGACAGAGCGCGCCGUCGCCGAGUGGCGACUCAUUCAAGACGCCGGCCAAGUCGACGAGGACGAGGAGAAGUGGAGCUACGGCUUCAAGCUCGCGUUCCAGGACUGGCGGAUCUACAUCUUCGCGGCCAUGUUCUUCUGUCUCCAGGUUGCUGCCGCCACCUCCAACUUCUUCCCUUCCGUGGUACAGACCCUGGGCUACAACCGCGUGGUCACUCUCCUCCUCACAGCGCCGCCGUAUAUCCUGGGUCUCAUCAUCUCCGUCGUCAACAACUGGUCCGCCGACCGCCUUAACAACUCGUCCUUCCACGUCAUGUGGCCGCUGGCGCUGGCCAUUGUAGGAUUCGUCGUGGCAGCCGCAACGCUGCAGGUCGGCCCACGGUACUUCGCGAUGAUGCUCAUGGUAGGCGGUGGCCACGGAGCGAAUGCAGUCGUGCUCGCGUGGGCGCAGAAGACGAUGCUGCGGCCUAGAAUCAAGCGCGCCGCAGCUGUGGCGUUCGUAAAUGCUUUUGGAAACAUCUCACAGGUCUGGACGUCUUACUUGUACCCGGACACGGAUAAGCCGCGCUAUGUGCUGGCCAUGUCGGUCAACUCCGGUUUUGCGCUGGGAACAAUUAUUUUGGCAUUAGUGAUGCGGGUGAUCCUUCAACGCGCCAACAAGAAGCUCGACUCGGGAGCGGAUGUGGCCGAGGUCAUGAAGGGAGAGUCGCAAGCUCAAGUGGUGGGUAUCUCGGAAGAGGAUCGCCAGGCAAAUAGGGCACGCUUCCGUUAUGUCACUUAA